AUGGAACUGGACCCGAACAGUCAAACAUUGACGCCACUUCCCGAAGUUCUGCAACGGGGCCUAACUGCCGUUUCUUUCUUCGGCUUCCUUUCGUUCAUCACAACAACAGCACUCUUCUUAGUCUUGACCUAUCGGCUGAUAACAUGGUAUCUUGCACCGGGCCCGGACCGGCCACAGCGCAUGGCUGAUGAGCCGAAUGCGGAUGCCGUCCUGGCCGAAGAGAUGGGUCUUCCGGAGACGAUGUACCCUGGCAACAAGAAGCGCAAAGUCAAAAGGGACGCACCCAACCAGUUCCUGAUGCUCAUCUACAACCUGCUGCUGGCCGAUAUUCAGCAAGCUCUUGCUUUCUUGCUCAAUGCGGCAUGGCUCAACAAGGGUGGAAUCAUCGUAGAGAGCACGACAUGCUGGGCGCAGGGCUGGUUCAUCUCGACAGGCGAUUUGGCUUCCAGCGCUUUUAUCACCACGAUUGCCAUACACACCUAUUUGUCGGUUGUCAGAGAUUAUAAGCUCCCGACUUGGGCAUUUUGGUGCAUGAUCGGCUCUGUUUGGUUCUUCAUCUACGCCUUGGCCAUAGCCGGCGUCAUCAUCACCAACAAUGGAGCCGACAACGGUGGCCUCUACGUCCGUGCCGCUGCAUGGUGCUGGGUGAAUGUCCGAUAUGAGGCGAUGCGUCUUUAUCUUCACUACCUGUGGAUGUUCGUUUCCUUCUUCAUCACUGCGAUCCUCUACAUACUCAUCUUCAACCACAUCCGACGCACCGACCCAUCACUUCAACUACCCUCCUCUUCCAACAACACAACGUCUUCUGCCUCCCAGAGCAACCGUGGUCGUAAACUCAGCCACGCCCACACAAUGUCCCAGUCUGGGCCACCAAAGAGCUCCCAUGGCGAAGCUGCAUCGGCGUCCAAUCCAAGCAACGCCGGACAUCACCCUGCUUUCCUCAUCUAUCCCAUAAUUUACAUCCUGUGUACGGCACCUUUGGCGUUAGGUCGUGUCAUCACAAUGGCUGGAAAGUCUGUUUCCUUGGAUUACUUCUGCCUCGCCGGUGCAAUGAUUGCAUCCAACGGCUGGCUUGAUGUUCUGCUAUUUUCCACCACUCGUCAUGUCAUUAUCUUCAAUGCCUCCCCAGACUUCGAAGAGACAGGUAUCGAGACCUUCGCCUUCAUGCGAACACCGGCUAACCGGCGUUACGGCAACAUGGUGUGGGUACAGGGCGCUGGAAGUGCACCUAACAACCUGUCUGCGGAUGAGGGUACCGGUGGCUGGCUCUGGAAGCUAUUCCGCCGGGGACGUGGUGCGGGUGACAUGAAGCGAGAUCGUCGUCGCAGUGGAGCACAUCGGAGCAUCAGCCAGGAGUCUCUAAGGAGACGGGCUGGGCAGAUGGAAGGCAUCCAGAUGGAGACAGUAACAACGGUCGUUGUGGAGAUGGAAGGUCACUCGGGAGUGAAGAAGGUCAAUGGAAGGCCGCUUUCGAUCGAUACAAUUGAGAAAGAGAGGGCACAGAGCGUGGGCAGCAUGUGA